AUGGCCAAACCCCCGUCUAACCCAGCAAAGCAGACCCUGACAUUGAACCACAGCACUCCUCAAGCCCCUACACCCCUCCACACCCCGUAUUCCACCACCGCAACACCCUUCCCUCCACCAGCAAGCUUCACCUCAGAACACAUCCGCCACCUAACCUGCCCCUCGACCAGCCCGUAUUCUCAGCCUCCCCCGCAACGAGCAGAACCGCACACAUACCGCCCUGUACAUACCGCUCUCGUCCCCGCGCUGCUGUUCGUCCCCGCAUACUACGUCCCCGCGCACACGCCCUGCGACUGCUGUAAGAGCGAGGGCGAGGGCGAGGACGUGGAGACGCCAGCUGCAAGCUCAGCGUCGGAUUCGGGAUCAGAAACGGGGGCGGUGUUGGAUGUAGAGACUGCAGAGAUGUACGUCGGGGGUGUGUUGGAUAGUGAUUCAGCGUCGAGCGAGACUGGGGAGUACACGCCGUGGUUCCGGUCUGCUGCGGAGCAGUUUAAGGAGAGCGUGGGGGAAGUGGAUGGAGAGCGGUGGAGGGGGAGGGAUGGAUGGGAGUGUGACUUUUGUGGGGCUACAGAAAAUGCGACUGGGGUCAAGUUCACGGUCAGAAACCCGACCUUCACCCUUUUCUCGAGGAAAUCCCUUUCCACGGAAACUCUGUCGAACAAGCCGCCACUUCUUUCGGGCACUGCCAUAUGCUCAGCGCCCGCAUCGUUGACAGCCGAGUCCAGCAUGUCAAUCCACGCCAUUAUCGAUGAUAUCAAGCAGGGCGGCGCCGCUGAUGACGACUUCAUGAAGCAGCUUCGAGCUGGCAUGAACACGAUCCUCGAUGGCAUGCAAGAAAUGGGCCACAGACGCGGUGACGCAAUGUGCGAGCUCGAAGAGGAGUUGCGCGACGGUGGUCACUUGGACCAUUCAGAUCUUGUUUCCAAGAUUCGGGCGUUGGAAGAGGAGAGGGCGGCCUCGAAGAAGGAGAUCGAAACUCUGCGACUUAAUGCGCGCACUACGCCGCAUCAGAAUGAAUCGCCUGCUGGGCUCUCAAACAAACGCAAGAAAGCGCUCGCGAGAAUGAUCAAUAACAGCAUCUCUCAGAACAACGAUGCCCACGUUUACAUCAAGUCCAGAGCAAACUCCAUGAUCACGGAAGCAGGGGAGAGCCAUACAAUAAUCCUUGAUCUGGAGAAUGCCGAACAGGAAUCUCGCAUAAUUCACGCAACUGGAAACCCUGCUGCAGCCCAAGAUUUGAGGUACGCGUUGAGACGCUCGGUAGCCAUCUCCAAGCGUCUUUUGGAGGGGGGUAAGAGCAUCAGCAAGAACUGGGACACACAAAAUGAUCGAACUUGGGACAUCUUCCGCGAGGAGAGGGCGCUUACCCGCCAACGAAUCGACAAUUUGAGGAAGCUUGCGUUGGAACUGGGCUUGAACAUGAAGUUGAUCAGCGAGGACUCGACCCUAUGAGGGUCCAUAGUACUCUGACGAACGGUAUUGCUGACCGUUGAGAAGGCUCAGGGUCUUUCGAAGAUAAGGGCUGUUGUAAUCCGUUGAAAGGUGGCGGAUUCGCGACUAAAUUGCGGAUGUUUU